GUGAAGUGAAUAGAUGAAUGGCACAUGGAUACAAUACAAGUUUUGGACUUUGAUUAUUCAAACUGCUGUUAUUUUCAAAUAGCCAACCUGUCUCCUCUUCUUCCCCUCUACUAUAUAAUCAAACAUAAGAGAUCUAUCUUAGCUUCAUCAAACAUAGAAAUGGCUGGUCUUUCAAUGGGGACAAGUUUUGGAGUCUUCAUUUUCCUUCACUUCUUUCUACUGUCUUCUUCUUCAGCCUUUUCCAAGCCUGCCUCUAAUGGCAUUGAUUGGUGGUGCAAAAAAACCACGUACCCUGAAACCUGCAAGUACUUUUUCAACCAUGGCACCAAGUCUCCUCCCAAAGAUAUGACUGACUUCAAGAAAAUGGUGAUCCAAUUCGCCAUGGAAAGAGCUCUGAGUGCUGAGAGCCACACUAAAGGUGUCGGUUCCAAGUGUCGAAAUGGGAAGGAAAAGGCUGCUUGGGCUGAUUGCUUGAAGCUUUACCAAAAUACCAUCCUUCAGCUUAACCAAACCCUUGAUUCCUCUACUAAAAGUACUGAGUUUGAUAUCCAAACCUGGCUCAGUACUGCCCUAACCAACCUUGAGACCUGUCGCACCGGGUUUGCUGAGCUUAAUGUUUCGGACUAUAUAUUGCCACUGAUCAUGUCAGACAAUGUCACUGAGUUAAUAAGCAACAGUUUGGCUAUUAAUAAUGCUUCAGCUGGGGUGGGGAAUGGGAAGGAGACGUACAAAAAAGGAUUUCCAAGUUGGCUUUCGGGUGGUGAUAGGAGGUUACUGCAGUCAUCUUCAACAAAGGUGGACCUUGUGGUGGCUCAGGAUGGAUCCGGUAACUAUACGACGGUAGGAGCUGCUCUUGAGGAAGCUGCAAAAAGGAAGACAAGUGGAAGAUUUGUUAUACAAGUAAAGAGAGGGGUUUACAGAGAAAAUCUCGAGAUAGGAAGUAAGAUGAAGAAUAUAAUGCUCAUUGGAGAUGGAAUGAGAUUUACCUUCAUUACCGGCAAUAGAAGUGUAGGAGGAGGCUCCACCACUUUCAAUUCUGCUACUGUUGCGGUGACUGGUGAAGGAUUUAUAGCUCGCGGCAUCACAUUCCGGAAUACCGCUGGUCCUGAGAACCAUCAAGCAGUUGCACUCCGAUCUGGCGCAGAUCUUUCUGUUUUCUACCGUUGUGCCUUUGAAGGGUAUCAAGACACCCUUUAUGUCCAUUCACAAAGACAAUUCUAUAAGGAGUGUUAUAUUUACGGCACUGUAGAUUUUAUAUUUGGCAAUGCUGCAGUUGUUCUACAGAAUUGCAUGAUUUAUGCAAGGAAGCCAAUGAAUGGUCAGAAGAACGCAGUCACUGCUCAAGGACGGACAGAUCCAAAUCAAAAUACUGGCAUUUCAAUCCACAAUUCACGAGUCAUGGCCACAGAUGACCUAAAACCAGUGGAGAGCACAGUGAAAACCUACUUAGGAAGGCCGUGGAAGGAGUACUCUCGAACAGUUUUCAUGAAAACUUACAUUGAUAGUUUGGUUGAUCCAGCAGGUUGGUUGGAGUGGGAUGGUGACUUUGCGUUGAAUACGUUAUAUUAUGGAGAAUAUAACAACAUUGGUCCUGGGUCACCAAUUAGCCAGCGAGUGAAGUGGAAAGGUUACCAUGUUAUAACCAAUUUAACAGAGGCAUCAGAGUUCACCGUCCAAAAUUUCAUUGCAGGACAGUCGUGGUUGCCAGACACAGAGGUCCCAUUCACUCCUGGACUCUAGAAGAAAAAGUUGUCUUCAAUCUUCCUCUGAAAUAAAUAUAGCCCAAUCAUUUAAUUCAUCAUUCAUGGUCAUAUAUAUGUCAAAUGAAAAGUUAUAUUAAUCAAUUUCCCAAUUAAAGAGCACAUCUCUAUUGAUGAUCUUCAACA